AUGUCUAUGAACCCCGACGACAACAUAGCGUGGUUCACGCUUAUCGGGUGCAUACGGCCGCUUCGCCGGCGUGACCUCGAUUCUACUCAACGUGAUGGAGUGGCGCUACACACAACGCACGACGAGCAUCUCAUUGGCCGCGGCUUUCCCGGAGACGCUGACGUCCAAGUCCGCGCUGACUCCCGCAGGCUCCUCGUUGGAACGUAUCAUGCCGUUAUCUCGUGGAAUAGCGCGACGAGCGUGGCCACCAUCACAGAUCGAUCUCUGAACGGUACAUGGGUUAAUGGCGUGAAGCUGCCUGUGGACGGCUCAACCACACUUACGGAUAACGCGGUGAUUUGGCUUGGCCCGCCUCUUCAUGCUGAGUCGUGCGGUUUAUCCUUCGAAUGCGCCCUCAGUCGCAAUGCCUUUCUCAAACAUUUCAAGUUCGAGUCAACCUUAGGCGCCGGAGGCUUCGGCGACGUCUACCAGAUGAGGCGUCGCGAAAAUCCUGGCAAGGUUGUUGCGGUGAAGGUCGCCCGCUUUGACUCGGAUGAUGAGCAGAACGCUUGGACAGAGAACGACGCGAUGAAGGAGGUUCAUGCGUUGCUUGAAGCCCACGGACAUCCCAACAUCUGUCCAAUCGAGGACUACUACGUGUUGCGACCACGCAUGUCUGUGUUUGUGGUGCUCCCUCGGUUGUCGACGGACCUCAAACGCCAUUGGUCAUCCAUACGCCCAACCAUCGCCGAGGUCCAAACCGUCCUCAAGCAACUACUUUCCGCGGUCGCGCACAUACAGAGUCUGCAUAUGGUGCAUCGCGAUAUCAAACCAGAGAACAUAUUCAUACUCACAUCUGAGCCUCUCCGCGUGGUCUUGGCAGACUUCGGGCUUGCAUUCAAGGUUGAUCUACCUUCGGAGGAGGUCCCUGCAAGUUAUCUUCGUGGGGGCACACCCUGGUACAUGGCACCCGAGCUCAUGAGCGAUGCGACGAUGCAAUUCAUCUACAAGAUCGAUCUCUUCAGCAUCGCUCUGACCAUUAUUCACUUAUUGAUGGGCAAACAUUGUCCGUGGAAUAUCCGCUAUCCCCAGGGCAACAAGCGUACCCUGACCGCGGAGCGUGAGUACUUCUCACAGCGCGGUAUUCGCUGGGACAAAGUGGACCUUGUUGCUUUGCCUGCAGAUGGUCUGGAGGUUCUUUUGGGCCUGUCAAACCCAGUUCCGGAGCAGAGGUGGGACGUACAGACUGCGUUAGCUUGGGAUUGGGUCGCAACUGCCAACGAUCAUUCCGGUCAAGCGAUGCUAGCCCAACAGACUGUGCGCUACGUCGAUCCUCUCGUCAGCGACAUCGCGCCGGCCGUUGUCAAGUCCAAGCCCUCCCGGGCGAUGCCGGUGCCGGCUGAAGACGUGCAAGUCAUGAGGCGUCGUUCACCGCGCAUCGCUAACAAGCCCUGCAGCAUCGAGAAGAGGCGUUCGCCGCGCAUCGCUGGUCUGCGCUCCAGCAACGAGAAGAAGCGUUGCAGCGACGGGAAGAAGAAGAAGAUGGAGGUAAAGGAGGCGAAGAAGCGUCAAGCGCGCAAGAACUUGAGGAAGGCACGGGUCUGA